AUGACUUUUUCAAUAUUUGUUUCACAGCUUGUGAAUCUGGGUGAAGAUCUGAACAUUAUAUAUGUUACAGAGACACAUGUGAGGGGUGAUGAGCAGAGUAUAGAGGACAUUCCUACAGAUAACCACCCAGGUUACUGUACCUCCAGGAGUUCAGAGGAGCAUCUUAAAUCUUCAGAUUUUAAAGUAAAUAAUUAUGGUGUAACAGAAGAUAAAAAUGAAAUCAUUAUCUCAGAUAUAUCCUCCAUAAUUUAUAGCAAGAAUCUAUCAUCGGAUCCUUUUAAACAGUUCCGCUCCUCCAAUUCAUCACAGACUGUUAAGCAAAACAAAAGUUACAGAAGAGAUGAUGAAUAUCAAAGAACUCACACAGAGGAGAAGCCAUUUUCAUGUUCAGAAUGUGAUAAAUGUUUUGCUUUAAGAAAAACUCUUCUAAGACACCAGAGAACUCAUACAGGGGAAAAGCCAUUUUCAUGUUCAGAAUGUGGGAAACAAUAUAGCUUUGAAUCAGAACUUGUUAGACAUCGGAGAAUUCACACUGGGGAAAAGCCAUUUUCAUGUUCAGAAUGUGGGAAACAUUAUAUCCAUAAAUCAGAUCUUGUUAGACAUCACAGAAUUCACACAGGAGAGAAGCCAUUUUCAUGUUCAGAAUGUGGGAAACUAUAUAGCUAUAAAUCAGAACUUAUUAGACAUCAGAUAACUCACACAGGGGUGAAGCCAUUUUCAUGUUCAGAAUGUGGGAAAUAUUUUACAGAUAAAUCAAAUCUUAUUAAACAUCAGAGAAGUCACACGGGGAUGAAGCCAUUUUCAUGUUCAGAAUGUGGCAAACGUUAUGUCCAUAAAUCAGAUCUUGUUAGACAUCAAAGAAUUCACACAGGGGAUAUGCCAUUUUCAUGUUCAGAAUGUGGGAAAUGUUUUAUAGAUAAAGCAAAUCUUGCUAAACAUGAGAGAAGUCACACAGGGGAGAAGCCAUUUUCAUGUUUAGAUUGUGGGAAAUAUUACAGUGUUAAAUCAGCUCUUGUUAUGCACCAGAGAAUUCACACAGGGGAGAAGCCAUUUUCAUGUGCAGAAUGUGGGAAAUGUUUUAACCAGAAAUCAGAUCUUGUUAUUCAUAAGAGAAUUCACACAGGGGAGAAGCCAUAUUCAUGUUCAGAAUGUGGAAAAUGUUAUAGCGUUAAAUCAGGUCUUAUUAGACAUCAGAGAAUUCACACUGGAGAAAAGCCAUUUUCAUGUUUAGAAUGUGGGAAAUGUUAUGGUGUUAAAUCAGAUCUUGUUAAACACCAGAGAAUUCACACAGGGGAGAAGCCAUUUUUAUGCUCAGAAUGUGGAAAAUGCUUUAGUCGGAAAUCAAAUCUUGAUGAACAUCAGAAAAGCUUACAUAAUAUCCUUAUGUUCUGAAUGUGGGAAAUGUUUUACUCACACAUCCUAACAUCUUACACAUCAAAGAACUCAUCAGGGACGUAGUCAUUUUCUUUUUUUAACUAAUUUUAUUAACAAAUAAUUCUUGGGAACAAAUCUAUAUAACAGUUGCAGUCAAAUUAAAGUCACGUGGUAUGAAACUAAUCAUAAGUGAUGAUUACGAAAUUUACUCAAAAAACAAUAAAUGUCUUUUAUUCAAAAAGAAAAUAGAAUCCACAUAACAC